AUGGUUAACUCAACCACAGGGACCAUUACAGUUGGCGCUCGUGGCUUGGAUCGUGAACAGAGAGAAGCAUUUGAACUCCUGAUUGAAGUAGUCGACGGUAAGCCGACACCGUCAGCCGGUUCUGCUGCCUCCUCGCCGGUAGCCAAUUUGCGUCACAACUCCGUUCGCCUGACUACCCAGACAACUGUGCAAAUUAAUGUCCUCGAUGAGAAUGACAACGCGCCAACAUUUAUCUUCCCCAAGAAUGGACUAGUGAGUCUGCCUUCCUCUAACAUUUGCCCCGUCAUGCUGAUGGUUGUGGCGGUGGUGUUAAAGAUCACGUACCACAAAAAGCUACAGGGCACCGUUACCCUGACAUGUACUGACAUCCUGACACUGCCAAAAGUCGUCAUCCAGGUAGUCGCCAACGACUCGGACAAGGGUCUCAACGCUGAAAUCGAGUAUUCCGUCAACUUUAACAAGGAUGGUGACCCUGCCUCCGCCAUACAAAUCCCAACUGACGAUAAGAAGGCCUCGUCCCCCCUGCCUCAUCGUCAGGAGGCGACGGCCACCCCCAAGGGUCGCGAAUACGACCUGCCCUGGUUCGAUAUUGAACCACGCUCCGGCGAGGUCAGUUUGGUUGCUGCCGAUGGUCUCUCUUUGCGCUGUCAGGCCCUGCGGCAGGACCAGAUGCUGGUGAACAGGGAGUUGGGCAAGUACACCCUCCUCGUCACAGCCAAGGACAAGGGUGUUCCCGCGCUCUCAGCUGUAGCGCAGGUCUACGUUCGAAUUAUCACAACGGACACCGACGUGACCGCCAUGACGGUGAGAACUCAACUUGGUCCAUCUAUUUCAUAA